AUGGCCCUCCGAGACGCCUCGUGCUACACGCUCACGGCCGAGCCGAGCCGCGAGAACCCCGCCAUCCUCGAGCUGAAGGAAAACAACGGCGAGGUCCGGUACGCCCGUGUCCGCGAAAAGGUCAACGGCGAGGCUUACGCCACGGCGCUGUAUGAUGCAUUCAGCGGCGCUAAGCUCGCGUCCGCGGGGUACGUCUCGGAGAAGCUGAAGACACGGCGGCUCGAGCUGCACGGCCCGGACGUGUCUGUCGGAAUGGAGUUCACGGGGCGAUUCAACAAGUACAAGUGGAAGCGCGACCUGGUGGGGAAAGACAUGGUGUGCUCGCUUGACCGCAAACCGGAGCCUAGCGUCGAAAUCUGCCUUGCGCGUGAGGGCGACAAGCGAGACUUCCCCCGUAUCUCGAUUCUGCACUACAACAUUGAGCGCUUCCAGGACAUUAAGGACCUGCGCGGUCUCGAGGUGCUCUGUCUCAUGGACGCGGCCGAGGAGCGUCAGGCCGAGCGCGCACAGUCAACAGGUCUGCUUCGCACACCGUCAGGCUCCAAACCCGUCGUGCCCGCUAAACCCUCACCGCCGACGUCUUCCUCGUCACACGAGCCUCAGCGUAUCAUCACCCCUGAGGACUUUGAGCCGGAGGAGUCCAACGAGAUCAUCGUCGGGAUGCAGACCGACAUCAACACGCAUAUUGACCGCGCGCUCGCCCUCCUAUGUGAUCCGAGCAUUCUCUACAUCGUGAUCCGGACGAAGCGGCCAGAGGCAGCCCAGCGCGCCAUGCAGGUGUGCUCUGGUAUCACCCGCGCGCGGCACCGUAACGGCGAGCCAGAGCUGCACCAGUACGUGAACGAGGAGCAGCCGCCGGCACCCCGAGGCCCGCGCGUCAUCAACCUGGACGAUCCGAAGCCGGAACCGUGGCGACCCCCUCUCCUUGCGAUCUACCUCUCGACGAUCGAGCUCCCCGACCUGGCACCGGGCCGGCGCGAGGCUCAGUCUUCUCCGCCCGGCGUAGUCCGUCACCCCACAAAGGGCAAGGCGACCCCCGUCUUAAUCGCUCCGCAGCCCAAGCGUCCCAAUGGGCAUACUGCUCCGCACGGCCUGCCGAAUGUCCGCCUCUCUCCCUCGCCGGAACCAAGUAAGACGGCGCAGCACGCGUCGCACGGGAAGCACCCCUCCCACGGGGGGAAGCCGAGCCAGCAGAGCCCGCCCGUACCCCCUGCGCCGAGCUUUGGCGCGCCGCAGCCAAGCAGUACAAAUGGCAAGCUGACCAAGCCCAACGGCGCGAAUGGGGGCAGCGGAGUCAAGAUCUCGCGCCUGUUCAAGGGGCGUGCGUGA